GACUCUUCUGUUGCUGUCGUCUUUCUGCUCUCUACUCCCCCCGGUUCGUGGAUAAUAUUUGCCCAAAGUUUCCUGUUAUCCACGGCGACACUGCAGCAUUUGACCGCCGACCGGCCGAAAUGGUGUUUAAAGUGACUGCCAACAGUGCCUGGAGGGCAACGAGGACGCUGUGGCUGCUCGUGCUAGUGAGCCUGUCUGUGUGCAUCUGUGUUUGCCGAGCAUCAUCACCUCAGGAGGACAGUGCCAUGGAGAACAUCGUUACGGAGAAAAAGGCAGAGGAGAGCCACAGGCAGGACAGCGCGGACCUGCUCAUCUUCAUCCUGCUCCUCACCCUCACCAUCCUGACCAUCUGGUUGUUCAAACACCGGCGGUUCAGGUUCCUGCACGAGACUGGACUGGCGAUGAUUUACGGCCUACUCGUUGGCGUGGUGUUGCGCUACGGCAUCCACGUUCCUCGAGACAUCAGCAACAUCACGCUGAGCUGCCCCGUCAACGCCAGCCCCGCCACGCUGCUGGUCAAUGUCAGCGGUAAAUUCUAUGAGUACACCCUGAAAGGAGAGAUCAGCGCCAACGAGGUGGACGACGUGCAGGAUAAUGAGAUGCUGCGAAAGGUGACCUUUGACCCUGAAGUGUUCUUCAAUAUCCUCCUCCCGCCCAUCAUUUUCCACGCCGGCUACAGCUUGAAAAGGAGACACUUUUUCCGUAACAUGGGAUCCAUCCUGGCUUACGCCUUUCUGGGGACAGUUAUUUCCUGUUUUGUUAUUGGGUUGCUAAUGUACGGCUGUGUGAUGCUAAUGAAGAAGGUGGGACAGCUGGGCGGAGACUUCUUCUUCACUGACUGUCUGUUCUUCGGCGCAAUCGUCUCUGCCACAGACCCUGUGACGGUCCUGGCGAUCUUCAACGAGCUGCAGGUCGACGUGGAUCUGUAUGCUUUGCUGUUUGGAGAGAGCGUGCUCAACGAUGCGGUGGCCGUGGUCCUGUCCUCGUCUAUCGUAGCGUACCAGCCACAAGGCGACAACAGUCACACCUUCGAGGUCAUGGCGAUGCUGAAGUCUUUUGGGAUUUUCCUCGGAGUUUUCAGCGGCUCCUUUGCUCUCGGAGUGGCCACCGGAGUCGUCACCGCUCUCGUUACCAAGUUCACCAAGCUGAGGGAUUUCCAGCUGCUGGAGACCGCUCUGUUCUUCCUCAUGUCGUGGAGCACGUUCCUGCUGGCUGAGGCCUGUGGCUUCACAGGUGUGGUCGCAGUCCUGUUCUGUGGAAUCACUCAGGCCCACUACACCUUCAACAACCUGUCCCCUGACUCACAGGACAGGACCAAACAGCUGUUUGAACUGCUAAACUUCCUGGCGGAGAAUUUCAUUUUCUCCUACAUGGGUCUGACCCUCUUCACCUUCCAGAACCACGUCUUUAAUCCCAUGUUCAUCGUUGGAGCGUUUGUGGCCGUGUUCCUGGGAAGAGCUGCGAACAUCUACCCUCUCUCAUUCCUGCUUAAUCUGGGGCGACGCAACAAGAUCAGAUCCAACUUCCAGCACAUGAUGAUGUUUGCUGGACUGCGAGGCGCGAUGACCUUUGCCCUGUCCAUCAGGGACACGGCGACAUACGCCCGUCAGAUGAUGUUCUCCACCACCCUGCUCGUGGUCUUCUUUACUGUUUGGAUUUGUGGAGGUGGCACCACCCAGAUGCUGUCCUGCCAGCGCAUACGAGUGGGAGUGGACUCGGAUCAAGAUAACUCUAUGAGCAUCGCUGAAGGCUCAGAGAGAAGAAGCACCAAACAAGAAAGUGCCUGGCUUUUCAGAAUUUGGUACAACUUCGACCACAACUACCUGAAGCCCAUCCUGACUCACAGCGGCCCCCCUCUCACAGCCACGCUGCCUCCCUGCUGCGGCCCCCUCGCCCGCUUCCUCACCAGCCCUCAGGCCUAUGAGAAUGAGUGCCAGCUGAAGGAUGACGACUCUGACCUCAUCCUGACAGACGGUGACAUCAACCUGACCUACGGCGACAUCACAGUCAGCACAGACGCCACAGGUGCCCACACCAGCGGUGGGCCGGCCUUCGCCGGCGCCACCACCUCUGAUGACUUGGACAGAGAGUUGACGUACGGGGAUCACGAGCUGGUGAUGAGGGGCACACGCCUGGUGCUGCCCAUGGAUGACUCUGAGCCGCCCUUCACAGACCCCCAGCACCGCUUGCGGAUGUGAAGACAGCCCGUCAGCGCAGAUCCAGACAACCGUCCGACUCAGACUGACCCGAGCCAUCAGCGAGCGACCAGUACCUGACACUCCGUCCUUCACUCCUCGGCUUUUUCACAUUCUCUCAUCCCGCUUUCUUUCUCCCCACACAUUUCCUCACAGUCACGUUUUCUCGCUUCCUCAAAUCACUGUCUCUACCUCGUUCUCGCUCUGCUCCUUUCCACACCUUUCUGGCACCUGCCGUAGUUGUACGAUAAUCUUAUUUAUUUACAAGGGUUUUUGUUUUUGUUGGUUUUCACUUGAACAUCAGUUUCUCUAAGUUGUUUCAGCUUAAAAUCAGUCACCUUACUGUAGCAUUGCACAGAGGUCUAGCAGCAUGUGUUAGUGUGUAAAUGCAAGUACCAACCACUAGCUAUUAUGUCGAUGUACAGUAUAUCACAAGAGUACUAUAACUUUGAUAUGCAUGCAGAGGAUGCUUGUUGUUUUCUUUGUGUGGGAGGUUGAGGGCUUUCGUGUUUCGGGUCUGACCAUGAAUGUUGCUGCCUUCUCUCUGUGCAUCAGAGGCAUGCUGACCCAGUGGACAACUUUACUGUACAUUUUGUUACAAUCAAGUGCCUGGGAAUUGUAGUCUUAAGCCUGGCAGCCCGUACGGGACCGGCUCUGGGAAGCAGAGCCAGUUCAGGAAGGGCGGUCAUGCAGUUGUAGUUUUCCUUUGUAAGAAAGAAAAAAAAAAAAAAAACCUCUGUCCA